GGAGAAAAGGUGGGGGGAGCUCAAUUUCCCACUUGCCAACAGCAGAUAAAAAAGUGGGGAGGGACCUCUUCUGUCACAGCCUAUGUAGAUUAACCUUUCAAUUAGCUGUUAUCAGGUCCUGUGUCUUAGCACCAGUCCUCCCAAUCUGCGUCCGCCCGCACCGGGGAGGCUGGAGGUCUGGGGUGGGUUUCUGUUUUAAUUUCUAAAUUAAUGAUAAUUGCUCGCGUGGCUCCCCUCCCCCGCCGAGAGCUGAACGCGUGUGUCUGAUCUGCCCGUCCACCUUUUAGUAUUUUGAAGUGAGAAGAGGAGCCCCGCGGAGGAGGAGGAGGAGGGGAGACAAGGUUGCAACAAACUUUCUUUUAAGGAGGUACCAGUGUCAUCACAGAUGAACCCCUUCUACAUUUCAGUAACAUAAUUGGGAAAUUUCAGUCAGCAGGUAUUUCUCUGCUUUUUCCGACUCCUCAGGGUGGAUAUUUUUGCCAUGUGUCCAAGCAGUGUGUGGAAUCCUUUCAUUUGUGUUUGAGGUGUGAACAACCUCUGAAAGAUCUGCUAAAAGGAUAAGGAGGAACCUCUAUGGGUAACUCUUGGCUGGAAACAAUUACUGGUCAACCAUGGUAAAACUUGCCAACCCUCUUUAUACGGAGUGGAUUCUGGAAGCUAUACAAAAAGUUAAAAAGCAAAAGCAAAGGCCUUCUGAAGAGAGAAUAUGUCAUGCUGUUUGUGCUUCCCAUGGAUUAGAUAAGAAGACUGUUUCAGAACAGCUGGAACUUAGCGUUCAAGAUGGUUCUAUUCUUAAAGUCACUAACAAAGGUCUUGCAUCCUACAAGGACCCAGAUAAUCCUGGACGGUUUUCAUGUGUUAAACCUGGCACUAUUCCUAAAUCUGUUAAGGGAUCUAGAGGAGCUUGUAAUGAGCUCCGUAAUGUGGAUUGGAAUAAACUCUUGAGAAGAGCAAUUGAAGGGCUUCAAGAACCUAAUGGCUCCUCCCUGAAAAACAUAGAAAAGUAUUUGAGAAGUCAAAAUGACCUAGCAAGUAUUUUCAACAAUCCUGCCUUUCAGCAGAGGUUGCGGCUGGGGGCCAAACGUGCUGUGAACAAUGGGAGGUUACUGAAGGAUGGUCCUCAGUAUAGAGUCAAUUAUGGCAGUUUGGAAAACAAAGGAGCUCCAAAAUACUCCAGCACCUUCCCAGCUUCCCUUCCACCUGUCAGCUUAUUACCCCAUGAAAAAGACCAGCCACGAGCUGAUCCCAUCCCAAUAUGUAGCUUUUGCUUGGGAACGAAAGAAUCAAAUCGUGAAAAAAAACCAGAAGAGCUCUUGUCUUGUGCAGAUUGUGGCAGCAGUGGACAUCCAUCAUGUCUGAAAUUCUGUCCUGAGUUAACAACAAAUGUGAAGGCAUUGAGGUGGCAAUGUAUUGAAUGCAAGACAUGCAGUGCAUGUAGGAUCCAAGGCAAAAAUGCAGAUAACAUGCUUUUUUGCGACUCCUGUGAUAGAGGGUUCCACAUGGAGUGCUGUGACCCGCCACUAUCCCGAAUGCCAAAAGGGAUGUGGAUUUGCCAGGUCUGUAGACCAAAGAAGAAAGGGAGAAAGCUGCUUCAUGAGAAAGCCGCACAAAUAAGGAGACGAUACGCAAAACCUAUUGGACGACCGAAAAAUAAAUUAAAGCAACGAAUGUUGUCUGUAACCAGUGAUGAAGGAUCCGUGAAUGCAUUCACAGGAAGGGGGUCACCUGGUAGGGGUCAAAAGACUAAAGUGUGUACCACACCUUCAUCUGGUCAUGCUGCAUCUGUGAAGGAUUCAAGCAGCAGGUUGCCUGUUACAGACCCCACUCGGCCUGGUGCCACCACCAAAAUCACCACCACCUCCACCUACAUAUCUGCCUCUACACUUAAAGUUAACAAGAAAACCAAAGGUCUCAUUGAUGGCCUUACUAAGUUCUUUACACCAUCACCUGAUGGUCGCAGAUCACGAGGUGAAAUAAUAGACUUUUCAAAGCACUAUCGUCCAAGGAAAAAGGUCUCUCAGAAACAGUCAUGCACUUCUCUUGUGUUGGCUACAGGUACCACACAAAAGCUAAAACCUCCACCUUCUUCACUUCUACCCCCAAUCCCCAUCUCUGGUCAGAGCUCCAGUUCUCAAAAAUCCAGCACUUUGACUUCUUCUAACUCUCCCCAAAGUUCUUCCAGUCAGUCAAGCAUACCCUCCUUUAGUAGCCUUCCUAGUAGCAGUCAGCUAAAGGGACUCUUUGAUGGACUCUCUCAUAUCUAUACCACUCAUGAACAGUCUCGAAAAAAGAGUCACCCAAGCUAUGCACCCCACAAGCACUUGUGUAGUAAACCAGAAUUAUCUUCCACAUCAACAUCUAAUAGUUGUUUCUAUGGAAAGAAAGAGGUUAGGAGUAGGUUUGUGUCUCAUGCCUGUGCCUCUGGAUGGGGUGUGUCUAGGGGACAUGCUUUUAAAGCAAUUUCUCACCUCAAGAGAACAGCUUUCUUUAAAAAGCACAGAAUUCUAGGCAGAUUAAAGUAUAAAAUGACCCCUCAGAUGGGGACCCCCUCACCAGGGAAGGGGAGCUUGACAGACGGAAGGAUUAAACCUGAUCAGGAUGAUGAUACUGAAAUCAAACUAAGCAUCAAACAAGAAAAUACGGAUGUAUUUCUGUUGGGAAGCAAGGACACUGUUACACAGGAGGAUUUGGAAGUGUUUAAGCAGGCCCGAGAACUUUCCCUGGAGAAAAUUGGGUGUAAAAACACUGGUGAAACAAGUGGGCGAUACCCUUCAGUGAUUGAGUUUGGAAAAUAUGAGAUCCAGACCUGGUACUCUUCACCUUACCCACAGGAAUAUGCAAGAUUACCAAAGCUUUACCUGUGUGAAUUCUGUCUUAAAUACAUGAAAAGUAAAAACAUUUUGUUAAGGCACUCAGAGAAAUGUGGCUGGUUUCAUCCUCCAGCCAAUGAAAUCUACAGGAGAAAUGACCUUUCAGUAUUUGAGGUUGAUGGAAAUGUGAGCAAAAUUUAUUGUCAGAAUCUUUGUUUGUUAGCUAAGCUCUUUCUGGACCACAAAACCUUGUAUUAUGAUGUUGAACCAUUCCUCUUCUAUGUCCUUACAAAAAAUGAUGAGAAAGGCUGCCAUUUAGUUGGAUAUUUCUCUAAGGAAAAGCUUUGCCAGCAGAAGUACAAUGUCUCCUGCAUAAUGAUCAUGCCCCAAUACCAAAGGCAAGGAUUUGGAAGGUUUCUCAUUGAUUUCAGUUAUUUACUUUCUAGAAGAGAGGGUCAAGCAGGAUCCCCUGAAAAGCCAUUGUCUGAUCUGGGUCGUCUCUCCUACCUGGCUUAUUGGAAAAGUGUCAUAUUGGAAUACCUGAACUGUCACCAUGAAAAACAAAUCAGUAUCAAAGGAAUGAGCCGAGCUACUGGAAUGUGUCCACAUGAUAUUGCCACAACCCUGCAGCAACAUAGCAUGAUAGAUAAAAGAGAAGAUAGAUUUGUAAUUAUUAGAAGGGAAAAGCUGAUUUCAAGUCAUAUGGAGAAACUGAAAGCGAAUCCACGUAUCAAUGAAGUAGAUCCUGAAAGCUUGAGAUGGACUCCUUUGUUAGUUUCUAAUGCUGCAGUUUCUGAAGAAGAGAGGGAAGCAGAAAAGGAGGCUGAGCGUCUUAUGGAACAAGCUAGCUGCUGGGAAAAGGAAGAGCAAGAAAUAUUCUCCACAAGAACUAAUAGUAGGCAAUCACCUGCAAAAGUACAAUCUAAAAAUAAAUAUUUACGAUCUCCAGAAAGUGUGGUCGUGGUGGGGGAGCGAGGGCAAUCCACAGAACAAUCUAAAGAAAGCAGUGAGGAGGAUGGCGGGGAUGAGAAUCAACAGAGUUCGCCUCCCCGGCUGACAAAGCCCCAGUCCCUGGCCAUGAAGAGAAAGAGACCUUUCAUACUGAAAAAGAAAAGGGGCCGUAAACGCAGAAGGAUAAACAGCAGUGUUACAACAGAGACAAUUUCUGAAACAACCGAGGUGUUGAAUGAGCCAUUUGAUAACUCAGAUGAGGAGCGUCCCAUGCCACAGCUGGAACCCACCUGUGAGAUGGAUGGAGAAGAUGAUGACUUGAAGCCUGUGAUUAGAAAAGCUUUUGAGUAUCAACCCGGGCAGCAGAAACAGGAGGAAGAAGAGCAGAAUAAGGAGGAGAAAGAUAUUCGUUGUUACAGGCGUGAUGAAAAUUGUACAGAUAAUACAGAGGAUGUAGCUGUGUUGGAAGAAAGCACUAAAGACAAUCUUGAACCUUUAAAGAGUAAGCAGGGUUGGCCCAAAGGAGUUAAACGUGGUCCAUCUAAAUGGAGACAGAGCAAAGAAAGAAAACCUGGCUUUAAGCUUAAUUUGUACACUCCACCUGAGACUCCCAUGGAGCCUGACUAUCAGGUGCUGGUGGAAGAACAAAAGGAAGUAGCUGAAGACAAGCCCUGUUCCGUUCCCCCUGUUACUGAGGAAGCUGUUAAAGAACCUGUUGAAGCAUUACCACCACCAGCUGAUGAGGCAAAAGAAGUAGAACCUGAACCUCUACAUCCACCCAGUGAGCCCUUUGAAAAACAAGAAAAUGAUACUAUGAAAGCUGGGGAAGAAGAAAGGAGCAUAGAAGAAGAUGGAAUCAGUUCAAAAGAUCAAGAAAAAGACAAAGCAGAAGAAGUUUUUGUGCAGAAAGAGGAGUCUGUGCAUUUGGAUGAUCAGGAGGAAGAGGAGGAGGAGGAUGAAGAACCUUCUCACAAUGAGGAUCAUGAUGCAGAUGAUGAAGAUGAUAGUCACAUGGGUUCAACAGAAGUGGAGAAAGAGGAAUUGCCUGGUGAAGCUUUCAAAGAAAUGCUGGAAACUCAGCAAUCUUUUUUAGACGUAAAUGUUCAAACUGGUAAUUCAAAUCAGGAGGAGUUAAUGGAUUGUGGUGUUGACCUUGCAGCUGAUGAGUGUGCAAGUGACCAGAAAGAACUUGCUACAGAUUCAGACCCAGUGCCUGAAUCUGAUGAUGAUCAUGCAGACAACAACCAGGACCAAAAAGCUGCUGAAGAAUUACAUUCCGAUUUCAAGGGCGAAAGUACUGAGACCAUGGAGAUUGACUCAGAGACAGUUCAGGCAGUACAGUCUCUAACCCAAGAAACAAGUGAACAUGAAGAUACAUUUCAGGACUGUGCAGAGACUCAAGAGGCCUGUAGAAGUUUGCAGAACUAUGCCCACAACGACCAAAGUCCCCAGAUGACCACACUGGAUGACUGUCAGCAGUCUGACCACAGCAGCCCGGUUUCAUCUGUGCACUCUCACCCCAGCCAGUCAGUUCGCUCUGUUAAUAGUCCAAAUGUUGCUCCUUUAGAGAACAGCUACGCUCAGAUCAGCCCAGAUCAAAGUGCCAUUUCUGUGCCGUCUCUGCAGAACAUGGAGACCAGCCCAAUGAUGGAUGUUCCCUCAGUUUCUGAUCAUUCACAGCAGGUUGUGGAUAGUGGGUUUAGUGACUUAGGAAGUAUUGAGAGCACAACAGAAAACUAUGAAAACCCAAGCAGUUACGAUUCUACAAUGGGUAGUAGUAUCUGUGGAAACAACUCUUCUCAAAACAGUUGCUCAUACAGCAGCCUUACAUCUAGUAACCUAACACAGAGUAGCUGUGCAGUGACCCAGCAGAUAUCUAACAUUAAUGGAAGCUGCAGUAUGAUGCAACAAGCAAACAUCAAUUCUCCUCCCACUUGUAAUGUAAAAUCUCCCCAAGGUUGUGUUGUUGAAAGGCCUCCAAGCGGCAACCAACAGUUAUCCCAGUGCAGCAUGGCUGCUAAUUUCACUCCACCUAUGCAGUUGACUGAAAUCCCCGAGACUAGCAAUGCCAACAUUGGAUUAUAUGAAAGAAUGGGGCAGAGUGAAUUUGGAGCAGGGCAUUACUCACAGCCAUCUGCCACCUUCAGCCUUGCUAAACUGCAACAGUUAACUAAUACGCUUAUGGAUCAUUCUUUGCCUUACAGCCAUUCAGCUGCUGUAACUUCCUAUGCAAACAGUGCCUCUUUGUCUGCCCCCUUAAGUAACACAGGGCUUGUUCAGCUUUCUCAGUCUCCACAUGCUGUUCCUGGAGGACCCCAAGCACAGGCUACCAUGACCCCUCCCCCGAACCUUACUCCUCCUCCCAUGAAUUUGCCACCUCCCCUUUUGCAGCGUAAUAUGACUUCAUCGAAUAUUGGAAUAUCCCACACCCAAAGACUGCAGACUCAGAUGGCCAGCAAAGGUCAUGUCUCUGUAAGAACCAAAUCCACACCUCUGCCACCUGCUGCUGCAGCCCAUCAACCACAAAUUUAUGGGCGAGCUUCACAGACUGUGGCCAUGCAAGGGCCUGCACGGACCUUAACAAUGCAGCGUGGCAUGAACAUGAGUGUAAAUUUGAUGCCAGCCCCUGCUUAUAAUGUCAAUUCAGUGAACAUGAAUAUGAAUACCCUUAAUGCUAUGAAUGGUUACAGUAUGUCCCAGCCAAUGAUGAAUAGUGGGUAUCACAGUAAUCAUGGGUAUAUGAAUCAAACCCCUCAGUACCCUAUGCAGAUGCAGAUGGGAAUGAUGGGAACUCAGCCAUAUGCACAGCAGCCAAUGCAGACAGCACCCCACAGUAACAUGAUGUACACUCCUCCGGGCCACCAUGGCUACAUGAACACAGGCAUGUCCAAACAGUCUCUCAAUGGAUCCUACAUGAGAAGGUAGGCCCGUGGGAGAGACACGCUACCAAACCGGCGUAUGGGAUUGAUCUGCACAAAUACCUUUGGAGAGUACGAUUUCAAAACCAGCAAUUGGUGUGAAUGCAAAAACAUUUGUUGGCACCAUUUAAAAGCUGUAUGCAGCAGAAAGCCUUAUACAAGUUUUUCUUUAUUUCACGCUUUGUUGGUUUUUUCUUUUUUUUUUCCUUUGGUUUUGUUUUGUUCUGUUUUGGGGUUUUUUGUUUAUUUUUUUAACAUUGUGAGAUUUAACUUCUCUUUGGGGGGAAUUAGGUGGUUUUUGUUUAUUUCAUUGAGCUUGAAGUUCUCUGGAAAGGAAGAACUCUUUCUAUGAACUGCAAUUACACAGCAGCUGAUGGUUCAGAGCCAUUUUAUGUGCCUGCUCCCAUUAAAAAUGUGGAUAAAUAGACUCCAAAACUAUCAGACAGUACUGGAUCAUGAGUUUUUUCUCUCUCCUUUCCCCACAUGUAAAUGCCUUUUAGCAGUUCUUUUAUUGUAUUAUUUUGUUUCUGAAGGUGACACUUCUGCAUGCCGCUAAUGUCUUUGUUAGUGACAGUGCAUUUUGUAGUACUGUACAAGUGUUGUGCUUAACAGUAAGCCAUUUCUUAAUUUUUUUGCCUUGAUUAGGUUACCCUAGUUUGAGGGGUAAAAAAACCAGAACUAUAUUUUUGUUAAUUAUAAAACUUGUAAAAAUAAUAAAAAAAAGCUGCAAAAGCUAUUCACAUUUUGGUUAGUUCAAAGGGUUUUAUUGCUGUAUGUUUAGUGUAAAGUUGAGACUCUUUUCCAUUUUUGUGACCAGUUUCUUUGGGGCUGGGUAGGAAAAAAGGCAGCUUUCUGUUUUAUAAAAACUUAUGGUUUUUUGUUGAUUGAAACAUCUCAGUGUUUAUUUGUCAAGUUUUGAAACAUUUUCGUAUAUGUCCAAAUACUUGGCAGGAUUUAAAAAAAAAAGUAGUGAAUUUGGUGUAAAGUUGCUAUUUUAUGGAAAUGCCUCUAACUUUACAUUUUCAUUCCAUCUGUAGAUUUUUCUAUCUUUAUAAAAUAUUGGAGUUAUUUUUUAAGGGAAAAAAUAGAGCAGUAGCGUGUGAAUAGCUCAAACUAAGCUUACAGAUCGCAUGUAAAAAGGCAAAAGUUAUUUGUGUCUGUUUAUAUUGCUUCCUUUUUUGUAGCCUUUGUACCUGUACAGAGUGACUGUAAGGGCCGAACAGAAGAGGCUUGAUACAUGUAAAAAUAGGACCCAGUGACACUCUUGUAUUUAUCUGUUAUCUUUUUAGUCAGUCACUUAAAAAAAAUACCCACAAAAGACCCACCCAAGCAACAAAAAUAAAAACUGCAAAAAACUACACCCCCCCCCAAGCUGUACAUUUUAACAUAAAAUAAAUUAUGAUGAGCCAUUUUUAGCCUCUUGUGUCUUGUCAUAGUUUGAUGUUGCAUGGGAAUUACCUCCUGAAACAGUGUUUGUUAUGGUGCUCUCACGUGCUUGAUCUAAAGCCCAUUACAGUUGGUGGGGUUUGGAUUAGGCUGUUUAGAGCUUAAGUGUAGGUUACUCAUCAUAAUUACAUCCACCUUGUGAAAAUAAAGAAUACCUAAGAUUAUUUUUUUUAAUAAUCUUAAUAAAAUAUUGAAUAAAUAUGUAUUUAGUACCUUACAA